CUGCGGACCCUUCGACCACCACUGAAAAGGUAACGGGAAAAUCAAACAGAUCAACCCAGUCAACUUUCGCUACGAAUUAUAAUGGCCAGUUUGGUCCAGAGGCUAUAUCGAGUCUUUGUCCCCCCGCAUCAGCCCCCCAAGGUUACCAAUCAGCCAAUUAAAUUCGGAAUCCUUGGAGCAGCCAAUAUAGCUCCUGCUGCUCUUAUUAUUCCCGCAAAAAGCCACGCAGAGGUAAUUGUAUACGCUGUCGCGGCGCGAGACCAGGUAAAGGCCGAAAAAUUCGCAAAGCAGCAUGGUAUUGGCAAAGUCUACGGCGGCAGUAAUGGUUACCAGCAGCUUUUGGAUGACCCAGAGGUUGACGCGAUCUACAACCCGCUCCCAAAUGGCCUUCAUUUUGAAUGGACCAUGAAGGCUCUCCUUGCAGGGAAACAUGUAUUAUGCGAAAAACCGAUGGCUGACACAGCUGAAGAGGUGAAGCAAAUGUUCGAUUUGGCUGAGAAGAAGGGAUUGGUAUUGCUCGAAGCGUUCCAUUAUCGCUUUCACCCUUCUAUCCAACGUGCCAAAGCUAUUUUGGACAGCGGCGAACUUGGAAAGAUUAAGAGCAUCGACCUCAAAUUCGCGCUUGCUGCUGGCUUCAUGAAAGACUCCGAUAUCCGGUUCAAUUUCGCUCUGGGAGGAGGAGCAAUGAUGGAUUUGGGCUGCUACAGUCUUAACUGCAUCCGGUACUUGUCGUCUUCUGACCCCGUCUCUGUUGUCUCCGCUACGCCUCUCUCACUCAAAUCCGCCAACAUCACUGAAACCAAAAUUGACCGAGGGAUGAGCGCUACACUCGCUCUUCCAAACGACGUCCUCGCCUCCAUGGAUGUCGACCUUUCAAUGCCCUGGGAAUUCUUUCCACCUAAGCUGUACAAAAUGUGGGUUGAGGUCAAGUGCGAAGGGGGAAAUGUGGGAGUACAGAAUUUCGUGCUGCCGACUUUCUGGCAUUCAAUUCACGUGUCGAACAAGGCCAGUGGAGGUACCACCACUCAACGUGUUGAAAAGGUGUAUAAGUUUGCCGAUGAUCAAUCAAAAGUUUUGGACUUGGGGGAAGACUGGUGGUUGACGUAUCGCUACCAGCUUGAGGCUUUUGUCGAUAAGCUCAAGGGACGAACACCACAGACAUGGGUGACUAGGGAGGAUUCUAUUGCCAAUAUGCAAUGGAUCGAAAACAUCUACGAGAAGGCGGGAAUAGGCUCCCGUCCUCGUUCCGACUACGUAUUGACUGCAGAGUGAAUUGAGUAACUCUUUCUCUGCCUACAUUAGUACACAUUGGACAAAAUAAUUUUGCACUUCUUCAUAAACUGGCUGAGCUUGCUUGAUCUAUGCUCAGGACGGACUUGCCCACUGCUUUAAUUGUUCCACCUCAAUUCACAGUGAACUGACAGAGACUUACGGGAAGUCAUAGUGAAGUAACUCAAUAUCUACAUCUUAUUUACGGUGACCAAGAUCACCCAACAACAAAUUAUCUAUCAACCUCGUCCCAUUAACCCACAUUGCUCCGCUCAAAAUGACCGUAGACGCGUCCUCUCCCCUAGACUGUAGUGUGACUUCAUCCUCCAAGACUUCGAAGUCUUCAGCAUCGUUCAUCUCUAUAUAAUCAAGCUUUAUCUCCACCUCCAUC